UGGUAUCCUCCUUGCUGAACCCAGCAACGCUUUUUUUGGUAAAUAAGCUUCCGGUACAACUACCGCCUUUUCAUCGUACUCUCGUUGCACACAUCGAAUUCAAAACAAAGAAUACAGUAUGGCCCGAUUCACUCUUGCAGCCCUCUCCCUCUUGGGUGCUUCACAAUAUGUCACCGCCUUUCAGCCGGUAACACCAUCGGCGGUACGCAUGGCCUCCUCUUUGAACGCCGUUUCGAAGAAGGAUUCCUAUACGGUCACCCUUCUCGCUGGAGACGGAAUCGGACCCGAGAUCUCGAAAGCCACCAAGGGCGUCUUGGAAGCUCUCUGCGCAAAGCAAGGAUUCUCUCUGGAGCUCAAAGAUGCUUUGAUUGGUGGUGCCGCCAUUGAUGCCGUCAACGACCCCUUCCCCCAAGAAACCCUGGAUCAAUGCCAGUCCUCGGAUUCUGUCUUGUUGGCCUGUAUCGGUGGAUACAAGUGGGACAACAAUCCUCGUGAAUUACGUCCCGAGACUGGCCUCUUAAAGAUGAGAUCCUCCAUGGGACUCUUCGCCAACCUCAGACCUGCGAAGGUCUUGGACCAAUUGAUUGAUGCCUCCACCCUUAAGCGUGAAGUCGUUGAGGGCGUCGAUGUUAUGGUCGUUCGUGAAUUGACCGGAGAUGUCUACUUUGGAACCCCUAAGGGAAUCGACGAAGUUGACGGUGAGUAGAAUAAUUUCAACUCUAUUUUUGUUGCAGCGGAAUAAAGUGGACAUAGAAAUCUAUUGGAAUAUGUCUGUUGAAUCUUUGAUUGAUUGAUUUGAGACUGAGGGUAAAUGAUCAAAAGCAGCGGGUAAAGCAGCUUGUUUUAUUGCGUCGAAGAACCAGGAAGUAUCGAAAGACGCAAUAUGAACUCCGUAAUUUUAGAAUCCAGAUGGGGGAUUUCAAAUCACUAUUUCCCCUCGGACUCAUCAUUUAUUUUGUUGUCUAAUUAAUUCUUUUCUUUCCGACUGCUGAACUGAAAUGAUUUGAUGAUUUAUUCAAUUUGCGAUUUUCGCGAAACUUUUCCUGCAUUUGCUCUUUCCUUAAUUUGAUGUUUCUGAUCUAUUCGUCAACUAUAUUGCAUUGGUGCCAAUCAUUAUAAUGAAUUCAAUAAAAUACACAAUUUUUGAACCAAAGGCGAACGCAUCGGAUACAACAACAUGAUUUACAAGGAAUCUGAAAUCGAUCGCAUCGCCCGAGUUGCCGGUGACGUCGCCUCCAAGCGCAACGGCAAGUUGUGCAGUGUUGACAAGGCCAAUGUUUUGGACGUGAGCCAGUUGUGGAGAGAGGUCGUCACCGACGUCAUCAGCAAGGACUUCGAGGACGUCGAACUCAGUCACAUGUACGUCGAUAACGCCGCCAUGCAGCUCAUUCGAUGGCCCAAGCAAUUCGACACCAUCGUCACCGGAAAUAUUUUCGGAGAUAUUUUGAGUGACGAAGCCUCUAUGCUGGUUGGAUCGCUCGGUAUGCUACCCUCUGCGUCCAUCGGAGAAUCCGGACCGGGUGUCUUCGAACCCUGCCACGGAUCGGCACCUGACAUUGCCGGAGAAGACAAAGCCAACCCCUUGGCCAUGAUUCUGAGUGCAGCCAUGAUGUUGAAAUACGAUCUCGAUCGUCCCGAGGAAGCCCAAAUGUUGGAGGAUGCCGUCGAGAGCGUCUUGGAACAAGGAUUCCGAACACCUGACAUCAAGAUCGAGGGCGAUGGCUGCAAGCUUGUGGGAUGUGUCGAGAUGGGAGAAGCCGUUGCCGAAGCCGUAACCGCCAUGGAAACUAUUUCUGUAUAAAGCAAUAAUUUUAAAAUCCUUUUAUGAUCGAUGAUGCUGAUUUCUGAAAAAUGUUUUAGUUCUGGUUUGAAAAAGAAAGAGCAAUCGUGCUGAGCAAGGCAUAUAAUAAAAUAAAUACAGGUCU